UCUACGUACGAUUUAAAGAGGCAGAGUGCCAACGCGACGCGAAUCUGCAGAAAAAAAUCGAGCAAGACAGUAGAAUAUCAGGAAUUCGAGAAAAUGCAGCUGUUCUUUCUCUGCCUCAUUCUGGGGAUCACAGUUGCUGUACCUCCUCAGGAGAAACGUGUACACCAUCAGCGUGACCUGAGUGACCACGUCCAUGACGACGACCACGGUUACCAGUAUGACCACGAGGCCUUCUUGGGCAAAGAUGAAGCUAAAACCUUUGACCAGCUCACUCCCGAGGAGAGCAAGACCAGACUCGGGAAGAUAGUGGAUCGCAUUGACAUGAAUAAGGACGGCUACGUUAGCCAUGCCGAACUGCACCAAUGGAUCAAACACAGACAGAGGAGGUACAUCGAGGAGAAUGUGGACAAGCACUGGAAAGACUAUGACCAGAACAAAGAUGGAAAGAUCGCCUGGACAGAGUACAAGAACACCACCUAUGGCUAUUACCUGGAUGAUGCUUUUGAUGACAUAGAAAACAAGGAGACCUACAAGGCCAUGCUGCGGCGAGACGAGAGGCGAUUUAAAGUGGCAGAUAAAGAUGGAGAUGGAAUCACCACCAGGGAAGAGUUCACGGCUUUCCUCCACCCUGAGGAGUUUGACUACAUGAAGGAGGUUGUGGUGCAGGAAACUGUAGAAGAUAUUGACAAAAAUGGUGAUGGCAAGGUAAACCUGGAGGAAUACAUUGGGGACAUGUUCACUCCGGAGGCUGGAGAGAAUGAGCCCGAGUGGGUCACCACAGAAAGGAAACAGUUUUUGGAAGUCAGGGAUAUAAACAAGGAUGGAUUUCUUGAUGCCAGUGAAGUUGCCCUGUGGAUACUGCCAGGAGAUGUUGAUCAUGCUGACAAUGAAGCAAGACAUCUAAUUCACGAGACAGACAAAGAUAACGAUGGCCGCCUCUCCAUGACUGAGAUCAUGGACAAACUGGACGUGGUUAAAGUCAGCACCAUCACAGACUAUGGGAGCCUUUUACUGGAGAAGCACGAUGAGCUUUAACUGCAUGAGCCCUUUGAGUCGAAACCUCUCAUAAUAAAAACAAAAAACAAAACAAAAGGUCUUCAAAUGACUGUAUAGAUGUUUUUUAACUAAACAUUUUACUUUGCAAAAAAAGUCAAUGAGAGCAAUUUUACACACAAAAAAAAAUCAACUCAAACAA